GGUGGGAGGCACAUAAAGAAAGACAAAAAGGCAAGGGCAAACGUUUUCAGGAAGAAGCACUUUGGUUAAUUAAGUCAUUGAACCCGCUGCCCUCAGCAAAGAUGUCCGCUGCGGACGGCUUGGUAACCUGCAGGCGGAGCCAAUGAGCGCGAAGCUUGAGUUGAGGUGGGGUAGAAGCAGCCAAUCAGAACGGGGAUCUUUGGAAGACCACUGAGGCAAUUCUUAGGAAGAAAACAUGAAAGAGGGGGGGAAACGGCUUAAUAGUCGCGGAGUGGAGCAGAUGAAGUGCCGCGUUGUUUUCAGAGAUGUAGAGAGAAAGAACUGAAUGUCUCUUUAAUUAACCAGAGGGACCCAUGACCCUGACACGAGGAUCCUUCACCUAUUCCAACGGAGAGGAGUACCAUGGAGAGUGGAAAGAAGGUCUGCGUCACGGCCUGGGUCAGCUGAUCUUCAGCGACGGGACGUGCUUCACUGGACAGUUUGAGAACGGCCUGUUCAACGGCUGCGGCGUUCUGGUGUUUCCUGAUGGAUCCAGGUAUGAAGGUGAAUUUGUGCAGGGGAAGUUCCAGGGAGCCGGCGUUUUCACUCGCUUCGAUGGCAUGAAGUUUGAGGGCGAAUUUAAAGGCGGAUGUGUGGACGGCCACGGCCUGCUGACCUUUGCGGACGGCGGACGAGGCGGCAGCCAUGAGGGCCUGUUUGAGACCAACCAGCUGAAAAGAAGAGAGAGCAGCCAUGCAGCCGUUCAGAGAGCGCAGGCAGCGUCGGCCAAAGCCAGAGCUCUGGCCUUGUGACGUGGACCGGACCACCCACACCGACCCCUGGUACCGGGGUCGUCCUCCUCCCGUCAGUCUGACCUCCUCAAUACGUCUCUAAUGCUCCUUUGUUUCAUCGUGUCCCGCUUCUGCAAACGAGUCUGGGACAUAAUGUCCAACUUUAUCUUCUGGUUCAUUUGAACUGCCGGGUCGGUGACCCGCAGAGUUCUCUGGAAUAAUCAGGAUGGUAAAAUCUGCUCACACAGCCGCCGACUCAGGACCAGUACCGCCGAACACACGCUGUUCGACACACUGCUAAGUGCUAAAUCGGAUCCAGUGUUUGAUUAAAAAAAACUCUGGAUGUGACAUUAAAUACGGGCAUUUUUCAGGUAAUCCUGACAACAA